UAGUAAUCACCAUAAUUAUGUAUGAUACAUUACAAAUGACAAUGCUUUAGGAUAUCGUUUUCUUGCGUCCGUGCAACUGUAUUUAGUUUUUUUUUCCUAAAGAGGAACUUUCCUUCCAAUCAGUGUCACCGUGUUAUGGUUCCCCCUCGUGUACAGACCGUUCAGUCUAAGAUACAGACUUUCACGGGAAACCCGGGAAAUCGUGAUUUUCUUAAUAGUUCGUGAAGCAGUUUUCCAGCAUGCAUUUAACAAAAAAACUAGAGCUUUUCCCCGACCACACAGUGACUCAAAUGCUUUUCAAGGAGGUCAAAAAUGCAGCAGAGCUGAGACAGUGUGCGGUGGAGGGUAAAAUAAAUGGUGCCUUGAUCAACCCAACGAUGCUGGUGGAUCCUUUCCAAGUGCUGGUAGCUGUCAACAAGGCUGUUAACUUACAGAAAAUUGGGAAAAUGAAGACAAGAAGUUUAUACUCAGAAAUAAUCUUCAACCUGUCACCUACUAAUAAUAUCUCCGAGGCGUUCAAAAGGUUUGGGAGCUCUGAUGGCGAUGACUCUGUCCUGGUGGUCUUGGUUCACAACAAAGAUGAGUCACAGCUUGUGUCAGACAUCACAGCCAGGGUGAGCGGACGCCAGGUUCCAGCAGAAGAGAUCUCCUCGCUGACAGACCACGCAAAAAUCAAAAAGCUGUUUAAAGUCACAGCGCAGGAGGAGAAGUGUGGAACUCUACUUGAUGCAGUUGUAUGCAGGAUGGCCAUCAAGGACGUCAUGUAGCUGUGACAGGAAAAAGGACUGGAACAGGACUUAUAAAAAAAUGGUUGCCUUUUUUCAUAUGAGAUGUGAAUUGAUAUAAAUGGCUUUCCUGCAGUUGCUGUUAUUUCACCACAUUGUGAAGUCUCAAAACAUGUAAACAUGUUCUUUUGUGCAAAGAAAAUGUAUGUUGUUUUCAUAGA